AUCGAUUACGAAACGACACACGAGCAGAGCAGAGUUCAGACGGAAAAAAAGUGUUCUUGGUUCCACUCGGAAGAAAAUGUCGCUCCUAAAUCACAUCUUGCUGCGUACCAUUUCCCAAUCGGCUGCCCGCAAUGCUGCCGUAGCUGGACCAUCUGCCGUCGCCGGACACGGAGGUGGUGGCUACAAGACCUGGAAGAAACUGUCCUUCUUCGUUGCCCUUCCGGCCGUGGGUCUGUGCAUGCUGAAUGCCUACCUGAAGCACCAGGAGGAGCACGGCCAUCCCCGGGCGGAAUUCGUCCCGUACGAGCAUAUGCGUAUCCGCAACAAGCGUUUCCCGUGGGGAGAGGGCCAGCGCAGCCUGUUUCAUAACCCCCAUGUCAACCCACUGCCGUCUGGAUACGAAGAUUAGGAAGUGUUGGUGAGGAAAAUAUGGAUCAGUGUUGGAACAAUAGUACGCUGGUGUAGAUGAUUGAAAAGCUUAUCGUCCUACAAUAAAAGAAGUUCAAAUCCUA